AAAAAUGUCCAGUAAAUUGUAAGCCAAUCAGGGAAGGGCUUGGGUGAUUGCGUAAUGACGCUCUCGUAACUAGGUCAUUUCUAAGGACGAAGAGGAAGUGUGAUGUGGCUUUGAGAAAUUUAGCUACAAAAAUGUCUGCCAUUUUUAACUUCCAGAGUCUUCUGACUGUGAUUCUUCUGCUCAUCUGUACAUGUGCCUACAUCAGAGCUCUAGCCCCCAGCCUGCUAGACAAGAACAAGUCAGGAAUUUUGGGAAUAUUCUGGAAGUGUGCCAGAAUAGGUGAACGUAAGAGUCCCUGGGUGGCUUUUUGCUGUGUCUUGAUGGCUUUCAGUAUCCUGUUUGUACAGUAGCACACCAGACGAGGAGGGGAGAAGAGGAACAAGAAAGGAGAAGAAGCUUCAAAUGGACUGUACGAUCCACAGCGCACAGCAGAACCUGGAUAGAGAGAAAGGGGAAACUCAUCUCCACCAUAGUAAUGGAUAGAGCGAGGGGUCUGUGUAUGAGGCUGGGGUUGUCAGUGGUUGUCCCCUCGCCCAUAAGGAGUGUGUGAAGUUCACCAGGGACUCUUGUCGGUGUGUGUAAUGUUUACUCCAGUCAUGGGGGGACAAUGUCUCCUCCACUAUUCAGUCAAAUACUUUAAUGACUCAGUUUCACCCUCUCUUUGUUCAUGGGAUCAAAACAUUGUUUCCUCUCUUGUGCUAGAGGUUGGUCUUAGAAUUUCAAACAUAUCGUGAAAGACAGUGGUUUGUAUUUUGCCUUGAUUGGGCACUAAACUAACUUUACUGUGUUUUUGUAAUUGAGAAGUGUAACUUUUUGAGGACAUGUAUGCUUUCCAUGAAAAUUAUAUUACGAUCGGGGAACACCUGUUUCGUGGGGAAUUUUAUAUUUGUUAAUUGAACUGCAACUUGGAAAGUUUAUAAUGCAUUUACAACACAAGCUCAUAGUCUUAUCAUAUCUCCUUUAUAUUAUUGAGAGGUUAUUGUUGGAAGUCAAUGUGAUCAAAAUAACAUGACACCCAGCAGUCAUAAGGCUGAUUGUCUUAACUACAUGUCAGUUUCACAGAGCAGUGUAUUUUUCGUGUUGUAAUGGGUCUAUUUAUUAAAUAACCUUUUUUGAAACUG